AUGGAGUAUGUGAAAGGAUCGGCAGGAGGAAACCACACAGUACGAACCAAAUUCAUUCUCCUGGGAUUUUCCAACCUUCCUAGACAGAAAUACUUAUUAUUCUCUGUGUUUUUAUCUGCCUACUUGAUCACCCUGGCUGGAAAUCUCCUCAUCAUUGUCCUCACAUUGGCUGACCCUGCCCUUCAUAUCCCCAUGUAUUUCUUCCUCAGGAACCUGUCCUUCCUGGAGAUCUGCUACACAUCAGUUAACAUCCCUAAAAUAUUGGCCAAUCUUCUCUCAGAAGAUCAGACCAUCUCUUUCAUUGGCUGUGCUGUGCAAACCUUUUUCUUUUUUUUCCUUGCUGGGUCAGAGUGUUUUCUCCUGGCCUCAAUGGCCUACGAUCGCUAUGUUGCAAUAUGCAAGCCUCUGCACUACUCAGUGGUUAUGAGUAGGAAGGUAUACACAGGGCUAGCUGCCGGAUCCUGGCUCAGUGGACUCCUCAUAUUCUUUGGUCUGACCGUCAUGGUGUUCACCCUACCCUUCUGCCAUUCCCAUGAGAUUAACCAUUUCUUCUGUGACAUCCCUCCACUGCUGAAGCUGGCCUGUGGAGACACCUCCGGCAAAGAAAUGGCUGUCUUCAUCAUGGCUCUGUUCGUUGUCACCGUCCCCUUCAUGCUGAUUCUCAUGUCCUACGUCUGCAUCAUCUCCACCAUCCUGAGGAUGCCCUCAGGGGAGGGCAGGAGGAAGUCCUUCUCCACCUGCUCCUCGCACCUCCUGGUGGUGAUGCUGUCCUACGGCUCUGCUUGUGUUAUGUAUCUGAAGCCCAAGUCAUCCUACUCACCAGAUACAGAUAAGUUUCUCUCUCUGUCCUACUCCGUCAUCACACCCAUGCUAAACCCCAUUAUCUACAGCCUGAGGAACAAGGAGGUGAGGGGUGCCUUCUGGAGAAUGAUGGGAAGAAGAAGGUUCUGUUGA